CGUCGCUAGAAUCAAGAACCAACAUGGCGAAUGUCAACUGAUUGUAUAUUGCCCUUUACGGUUUGAUUAUACGCGAAUUUCCUUUAUUUACUACAGUAACGGGGUGCGGAUAGAGGAAAAUGUCGAAUGUAACGUGAUUUAAACAAUACUAGGCCGCGUGUUUCCCAUUUGCACACUGUAUUUUCCUUUUUCUUUGCAAGAAACAAUGACAACCGAGUGUGCUUGCUAGUGUGCUGUGCCAGAGGUGUCUCAUCGGUUUCUAGGAAAUAUGACUACUGGUCUCCAGGGCGAAAACUCCUACGAUUUUUAUUCGGAAGAAAAUUCGGCAAAAUGGAAAGGAUUGUUGACCGCUGCCUUGAAAAAAGUACUAGAGCAGGUGCACCCAUCGUUAGGUGCGAGAGAGGAGGCUUUAGAGUACAUCGAAAGCCUAUGUCUACGACUGCUAGCAAUGCUUUGUGCAAAACCUAUUCCUAUAAGUGUUCAGGAUGUUGAGUAUCGGGUUCAAAGUACUUUUCCUACCCCCAUUGAUAAAUGGGCAUUGAAGGAGGCUCAGGAAGCCCUAGACAGGGGCAAAAAGAAAGCAGUACUACAAUUGCCUGUUGACAAGAUACACAAUUUAUUACAAAAGGAAUUACUGUUGUACAAAGUUGAUGCCACAGUAUCAUUGUUCCUAGUAGCAGUUUUAGAAUAUAUUUCUGCAGAUAUUCUGAAACUGGUAGGAAAUUAUGCUAAGAACAUUAAGCAUAUGGAAAUCACUUACCAAGAUGUACAGAUCUCCAUGAAAGUUGAUAAGCCCACAUCCAUGGCGUUGAUGGACAUGUUCUAUCAAGAUGAUGGGGCCAGCAGCCUUAACGAGACACCUAUCAUGGUGUCUACAGCUUCCAGGACCAGUUUAACAUAUGAAGAAGUAGUUAGAGAACUAAUCACUUCAGAAAAGGCUUAUUUAAAGGAACUACAUAUGCUCAUAAAAGUAUUUAGGGAAGAAAUUAUCAAAUUAAAUCCAGCUGCUCAGGAUAUAGAAAAAAUAUUCUCAAACAUUAUGGAUAUAUACGAACUAACCUACACACUCUCUGGGAGCUUGGAAGACGUUAUUGAGAUGGCUCAGGAUCAAAUGCCUUAUAUAGGAAGUUGUUUUGAAGAAUUGGCUGAGGCGGCAGAAUUUGAUGUCUAUAUAAAGUACGCUCGUGACGUUACGUCACCGCAAUGUCGAGAUACCUUGAAUGCUCUCUUGUCAAGGCCGGAUGUGCAAACGACUCUAGCGACUGCAGGACAGGGUAUGCGGUUAGCUUUGAGGUACUACCUUCCAGCUCUGUUGACUGCUCCUGUGUGGCACUGUUUUUCGUAUUUAGACUACAUAAAAUUGCUAAGAGGACUGUCUCCAUCAUCAGAAGACAGAGAAACGUUGACACAAGUAGAAGGGUUACUAAAACCAUUACAAAUAGCUUUAGGAAAUUGUGUACCCACUCAAAGUCUUUCAAGGAGUUGUGCUACAUUGCCACAAGUUAGAGCACGUCGACAAGCUGCCCUACUGAAAAUUCAUGAGCUAGAAAAAAUUGUGGAAAACUGGGAUUCUAAGGACUUAGGACAGUGUUGCAAUGAAUUUGUUAGAGAGGACGUACUAGUGAAAGUAAGCUCCAGCAAAAGACUGACAGAACGGCGUGUGUUCCUUUUUGAUGGCCUGAUGAUACUCUGUAAACCGAAUUCUCGGAGACAAAGCUCAGCACAGCAUAAUGAUUGUCGAUUAAAGGAACGAUAUUUCAUCAGAAAAGUAGAGAUCAUUGAUCAUCCGGAUGCAGAAGAAUUGAAGUAUUCUUUCGAGAUAUCUCCUAGACAAGCACCUUCUGUGGUGCUAUGUGCAAAAUCGCAAGAAGAGAAGAAUUCAUGGAUGGCUGAUUUAGUUAUGUUAAAUAAUAGGUCAAUGUUAGAAAGGGUAUUAGAUAGUAUAUUAUCAGACAUUGAAAGAAAACAUCCCUUGAAAUUGCCACCGCCAGAAUUGUAUAAAUUUGCUGAACCUGAUUCAAAAGAUAAUAUCGUCCUGGAACAGCGAGAAAACGGCGGCGUACCUCUUAUAAAGGGAGCAACUCUGUAUAAAUUAGUGGAAAGACUGACUUAUCACAUAUACGCCGACCCGAAGUUCGUGCGUACCUUUUUGACGACGUUUCGGAGUUUCUGUUCGCCCCAGGAGCUGUUGGAUCUCCUGAUAGAACGGUUUCAGAUUCCCGAUCCGUCGUUAGUUUACGAACAAGACUGCUGCGACACGGACAAAAUGCAAAAGAACAACCAAAGGGAAGACUGGAAGAAGUACAGGAAAGAGUACUGUCAACCUGUGCAAUUCAGGGUACUUAACGUAUUAAAACACUGGGUGGACCAUCACUUCUAUGACUUUGAGAGGGAUCCUAACUUAUUGGCGAAACUACAAGCAUUCCUAGAUUCUGUAAAUGGAAAGAGUAUGAGGAAAUGGGUAGAUAGUGUAAUAAAAAUAGUACAAAGAAAGAUGGAAAACGAUAAUCAAAGGCAUAUAAAAUUUGCCUUUGAUGAACCUCCACCACCAAUUGAAAGGCACAUAAAUUGUACAGAAGAGGAGUAUGGAAUUUUAACGUUACACCCGAUAGAGAUAGCCAGGCAGUUAACCAUUUUAGAAUUUGAUCUUUACAGAACUAUUAAGCCUUCAGAGUUGGUUGGAUCAGUAUGGACAAAAAGGGACAAAGAAACUAGUAGUCCAAACUUGUUGAGGAUGAUCAAACAUACAACAAAUUUUACAAGGUGGUUAGAGAAAAACAUAGUGGAAGCAGAGAAUUUUGAGGAACGGGUUGCAAUACUAAACAGGGUCAUAGAGAUAAUGAUAUCUUUAAACGAAAUCAACAAUUUCAAUGGUGUUCUCGCCAUAGUGUCUGCGACAGGAUCAGCGUCUGUGCAUAGGCUGAAGUUUACUUUCGCCAACUUGACUCAGCAAAAUAGACGUGCUCUUGAAGAAUGCCGGGCUGACGAUCACCUGAAAAAGUACCAAGAAAAACUGCGCAGCAUCAAUCCGCCAUGCGUACCUUUUCUUGGUAUGUAUCUGACGAAUAUUCUCCACAUAGAGGAGGGCAACCCAGACUUCCUUCCAAAUACGCAACUCAUCAAUUUUUUCAAGAGGAGAAAAGUCGCUGAAAUCACAGGGGAAAUUCAACAGUACCAGAACCAACCAUAUUGCUUCAGUGUAGAACAAAGUAUAAGGCACUUUUUGGAAAACCUAAACCCCUUCAAGGACAUGAACGACAAUGACAUCAGCAACUACCUGUAUCAAAAAUCACUAGAAAUAGAACCGCGAGAUACAAAGCUCGUCCCCAAGUUCCCUCGGAAAUGGCCUCAUUUGAGUCUUAAGAGCCCGGGCACGAAGACAAUGCGAGCUGCAGGCAGAAACGUGCCCAGCGCGGUUGCUAACACCAUCAACCAGACGUUGAGCUCUACAUUGAAGGGCGAUGAGAAUAAAACGGAUGAGCAGGUGAAAUCGGAGAAUGAUUUUAGUGUUUUUGCACCUGUGAACCUGGGAACCGGUCAGAACAGCCCAACGUUAAGUCCAGUAUCACCAGCUGCUUCGAAUUCGAUAAUGAAUUGGUUCAAUCAUACUCGCAGUCCCAGUGUUAGUUCGAUUAUGUCCACAACAUCAUUCAGGCCGUCCAGGACGGAUUCGAUUACAUCACAACAUGUCAGCACGACUCGUUACUCGCACGCCAGCCAGAGUUCGGUGAUAGCAGCCUCUUCGGCGGGUGGUACCGGCAGCCCGGGCGGGCCUCAUAGCCCCGCCUCCCCGGGACCGCACGUUACGCCCACUUCGACAGUAGCGGGAGUCGCUGUAGGGGAACCGGCCAGUCCGAGACCGCCUCCCACGCCGCCCCCUCCACCGCCUCCGUUGCCACCUAGGAGACGCAGGGAUAGUGUUGAGGUUGGAUCGCCACAACAGUCAAAACAAGCUCCGACAGCACCUCUACUACCGCCCCGCGAAAUGCCGCCUCCUCUACCCCCACCAGCAGCGUCCUCACUGAUCGGUUCCGGCCGGGAUUCGUCUCCGCCCCCUCCACCGUUACCGCCCCGACGCGAGCCGGGACCGUCGCCGACUGGCGGCAGCGCAGGGCACGCCCACUUGCCGCCGCAUCCAAUUAUCGGCCAUGCGGGCACUCUGCCACGCCUCAAUCCGACGCACACCAGCCAGCUGCACAUGCGUAGACAUGCAUCUGCGGCUGGACGAAGCGCCGCGCAGGCCGGUGCUGGCGGGCAUGUUAAGGUGCAACACAACGGAGGAACCAGCAUACCACCUCUAGCGCCCCCCAACAUCUCGCCGCGCUACUCCAAGGACCCUAACUCGAGCGGUUCCUCUGCCGGUACACCACAGCUACCGCCCAGAUCUGCCGUACGAUCGGCAGAUCUGACAGUCGGUACCAUGUUCCAGUAUCCGAACACGACAACCACAUAAUGAUGCGCCCCCUAUUUCAGGGGAAGGAGCAACACGAACGGACCAGACAUAGAAGGCGUGACGACGUACACUUCCCAUAAGGUUAUUACUACUAAAAAAGGCGGAGCUUCCGUAGAGAGAAAUGUAGGGAUAGGUAGACGUCGUGCAAAUCUAUUGCCAUAAAAGAGGCGCAAUCGAUUGAAAGUGUUUUUGAUUGCGAAAUAGGGAAUAUUUGCGUGACACAAAAAGGUGGAGCUUCAAACAUAGGUGCCGAUGAAGUAGAUGUAACGGGGAUAUUUGAUGACAAUGACGAAAAACAAUUUAAUAUUGUCACCCUCAAAAUAACUUUCUUCUGACCCACACAGCGCAGGAGACGGUUCUUCCACUCCUCCUGGCAGUGUUGGAACUCCGAUACUGAAAUAGCCUUCAGCUGGUCGGUUACAGCCGUUUGAAUGUUUUCGACUGUCCCAUGAGUUCCCUUGAGGUCAUUUUUCAACUUCGGGAAGAGAAAAAAGUCACAUGGGCUCAAUUCAGGCGAAUAAGGAGGCCGAUGGGCCACAUGAACGUUUUUACUGGCCAAAAUCUCGUUUAUUGACAUUGCUGUGUGACAAGGAGCAUUAUCGUGAUUCAACACCCAGUUGUUCUUGUAAGUCAAAUUUAACUCUUCCCCGAUCAUUCUGCCAACCGACAAUCUGAACGUAAAGACCCCCGAUUCUGUGGAUAUUUUUAUCGGUUGUUGAAGGUGAAGGCCUUCCGCUUCGUGGUUCAUCUUCAAUCAACUCUCCCCUUCUAAAAAUGCCUUAGACCUCCGAAAAACCUGGGCUCUUGACAAAACUUUAUCUCCGUAGCCCUUAUGUGGUGACGGCCGAAAUAAAUCUACAACUCAAAUAAAAGUCCCAGUAAUUCUUACGAUUAGAAAAAAGGAUGUCACGUCAUCAAAGAGAGUGGGUGUGUAAGGUGAAUGACUGGUGUUAUCAAAAAGCAAGGCUGGUAAAAGAAGUAAGGCAUGAUGGUAAAUCAUCAGAGGGUAAGAAGGGGAAUACCAAGAAUGUGAAAAAAAGACGCAAGCCACAAGAAACAUUGGAUGCAAUGGUAGAAUCGAACGAAGAUGUUCCCGUUUAGAAAGAAAAAAAUCAUAUAUAGCGAACAAAUUGAAAGGAACUUGGACAAGAAAGCUUAUUAGAUGACGGAGAACGAUCAGCAAAGACAAAUUUGUGUUGAUCUACAAAUAGAAGUGUCACCAGUUAAUUAGUAUAGAGAAAAAUUCGAUCAAAUGAUAGCAUGAAAAGUAAGAAAAGAGAAACCUCUGAACCUCACCAAAGACCUAUUUCUUCGAGUGGAGGUAUUAUUCCUUUUGAGCUGCAUGGAAGGCACCGUGGCCGUGUCUGUCGAGAGAGUACAAAACCUAUACCUCGACAGCACACAGCUGCUUCCAGAAGUUUCAACAGUACUUCAAAAGCAACGUCAGAACGUAGAGUCAGAGCAUGGGAUACAAAUGAAACGGACACGUCUGAAGUUAACAAGAAGACCAAGACCUGGAAAAGCUUUGGCUUCACGCACGUUGUGAGCAGUAACGUGUUUGAAGCUUUGUCGGCAUUUCGUAAGGCGGGUGGAGCAUUUUACAGUAAGCACAAUCGCUAACAGGCGAAAUAGAGUUUGAAGCUCCAUCAUCUUUUGUACUGUUUUCAAAGUAAUGAAAUCGAUACGCUUACCAGUCAGGUUUUUGGGUGUCAGAGGUGAGUCAGAUGAUGUUGAAUAUUGCUAUUUUUAACAGCCAUGUUCAGUGAUUCCUAUUUUGGAAGACGCUCUGAGAACAAAUUGACGUCAUCUGUGACUGGUGAAAGGGGUGGACAGAAAGCAGUUAAUAGUUCCAAUUUAGAAUAUAAAUGAACAAAGAACCAAGCACCAUUCCUAUGUCUAGUUAAUUGUUAUAGUAUGAUCGAUUCUCGUUCAAAGAUGAACAACUUUUAUUUCAUUAAAUAAAGGCAAAGUAAUUACAAAACUCUCAAAUGUAUCCAUCGUCAUAUGACUUAUCCUCUAAGCAUCAGUACAAAUAAAAAAUAAUUAUGGCAGAACGGCAUAAUUUGGACAUAUUCAUUUUUAUCGUAAAUGUUUCAAAGCGCACACAUAAUACAAUAAUUAUCUCCUAGAGGUGACAAUGUGUACAAAGAGAUACGUAUUUCAACCUGUGAAACGAACAUUUCGCUAUAGAUUGGCCUUUGUUUUGUAAUUAGUUUCAGCAGGAUUCUGGCUUUGAAGAACAAAAGCACAAUUUUUCUUUGCUCGGGAUGAUUAACCUGAGUUUUCAAAAAGUAUUUUGAACAAGGUUUUGUGGUUCAUCUUGCAGAUUUUUAAGAUGAUGGGAUAACAUUACGAUCUCUGAAACUGCCCUAGCGUCAGUUAGAUGAGGAAAAAGAUGUUCAUUUUAAACUUCUUUCACAUCGAGGUGAGCGAGUUUUUUCCAGGCUUCAACUUAUAUGAAACAGUAAUCUUUUUACACAGUUUUGUUUCUUAGAAACCACCAAGAUAAUUUUUUACAUACAACAACAAUUUUAGAUUUUAUUUAAACUGAAAAAAAUUAUUAUUACAUUGUUAGACACCUUUAUUUAAAAAAUACCUUUUAUUCAACUUGUUUAAAGGAAUGAAGUCGUGCUGUCAAUGAUACAUAAUAAAAAGCUCACGUUAAUCAUCCUGGGAGUCUAAAGGAUUCUAGGAAUGAUCAAAUAUUUUUUUACACAUGGUGAUAAAUGUGCAUUUCGCUAUAAAACGUCAGCCUUCCUCUCUUGGUAUAUAGAGUUGUGAAUGGUUCUGUAAAAUUAGAAUUUGUGUUAGAUUAAAUUGUGGAUUGUGGAAAGUGUAUUUCCAGUAUCUAGUCCCUUUACAACCUUCACUUAAAAAUAGUUUUGAAAGACGAUGCUUCUUUCAAUCGUUAAAUAAAAUAAUUUUGAAUUGAUUCACGAUAGUUCAACUGAACUUUGAUAUUGGCUUAUACGCGAGUCUAAAUUUCCACCAGAUACUGUACCCAUUGUGAUGUAGACUUUUGUGUUUCUUCUAUACGUGUGUAGGGGUGUAAUUUCGUUUUUGUAUAUUUUGUAAAUACUUGUAAUAUACUGUACAUGUAUGAGUAUGUUGCCAAAAAUAAGAGAAUGUUAAAAUUUGAGAAAUGAUUAAUGUUGAGAAGUUUUCUAUUUAAGUACCCUUGGCAUAAUUUUGACGAAGACACAGUUUGUUUAUUUUAUGUCAGGGUAAUAAGGAAUUGUUAAAAAUAAGGUAGAUCGAUUUUCUUUGGAUUUCCCUGUUCUGGUUUGGUGUACCUAAAAAAACGUUUGUAGAACUUCUGAUGGGACUUUGGACAGUCUAAUUUUGUAUAGUACCAAAAUCUGUGGAAUUAGCAUUAGCAAAAAAGCUUUAUACAGGUUGUAAAGUUAUGGGUUAUAUUUAUAGGGUAGACAGCACAUCCAAAAAAAUAACAAAACAAGUUCCUAUAAAUAUGGGUCCAAAGAUACUCCCCUGUCUAGAUUCAGAGUGAUGAAGUUUUAUUUACGAAAUUUAAAAAAAUAUCCACGACUGCGUAAAGGUACCAAGUUAGACGUUCCAUAUACCCCCGUUUCAACGUCCACGGUUUAGUUUUGGCCUGGAAACUCUGCUUAUGAUGCUCACAGAAUGUCUAAGGUCCUAACCUGAUAAACCUUCAUCACCCUGUAUGUCGGUAGGGUAGCAUUCUUUGGGCCCAUAUUUAUAGGAACUUUUUUGUUAUUUUUGAAUAUUCUUUCCUCCUUAGAAAUAUUGACGUGUCUUUCUGAAACCCCCUGUGUAUUAUGAUCCGAUAUUUUAAACUUCAGGACAUAUUCGAAAUGUGAAAAUUGUCAGAAAAAAAAUCGCAGCAUCAGAGCUAGUAGUUUAGCUUGAAAAUUUAUAAUCCCGUUUUUUUUUUCGAAAAUUUCACAAAAUUGCAAAUAUGUGAUGAACUAUAAAAUAUUAUAUACAGGGGUUCAACCUAUAGGUAAACAGGCCCUCCUAUCAUCUGACUACCAUUGAUCCAACCAUAACUGUACACCCUGUGUAUAUGAAUUUUUAAGGACAUGGGAGCCAAGUAAAUAACAUUUUGUCAAUGGAUUUUUUUUACUUUUUAAAUAUAGUUCAUGGUGUGAUGCGACAAAUCUGUGAAAUAUGUCAAGCCUAUGUUUUUUUUUACCAUGGUUCACAGUAACUUAGUUUUGUAUUCUGUUUUCUUAUUAGUGUUUUAUAGUUUCCACGAGGCUCCCCUUACUUGAGACAGCAGCUGCUUAUGGCUGCUCCUGUAUGGAUUUAUGAAUCGUAUUGAUCUAUCAGGUGGUGCUUGCUCCUACAGAUUCCGUACCUUAUGUUCAUCAGUCCGUAGAUGUUGUAUAUUUUCGUCUUGAGGGUUUCGAAAAGUUGGAUGAGCUCCUCUUAUAAAGAGAUUCAGAAACCUUCUUCAGUGUUAGUAGUUGUAGAAAUUUUUAUAUAUGUAUAUGAUCUUCAAGUAGGAGAGAGUCAGAAAAAUGCCAGGUGAAGAUAUUUCUGAAUCAAAAAAUUAAAUUGAUGAUUUUUUAAUCUGUGAUAGUAGAAGAUGGACCAUUAAUUGUAAAAAAAUAUAUGAAAUUAAGUACAAUAAAUGUAUCAAUGUAA